UUUUUUCAAACUGAGGCUUAAUCAAUGAAUCAAUCGUAGAAUCGGAGAUAUCACGUGAUUUUGUUUCCUGUUGUACAGAAUUUUGAGGCUGUCAUAUUUAAUUGUAUAGAACAUUAAUAUAUUCAGUGACAAUGAGCUGAAUAUAAGUUGACAAAGUUUAGGCUUAUAUUGGGAUCAUGCUCAAAGUACAAAAGACAAGAAGCUGUUGUCUAACAACACUUUUAAUUUUGUUAGUAAUCGUUGGUAGCAGAUGUUUAUCAGUGGGGGCAAGAUUAACGAUUGGAAAAUCUAACACUAUCAAAGUAUUUGAUGACAAUUCAAAAGAAAAACAGGAGACUGACUGUUCUGAUGUCAGAGGCUUGAACUCCUCCUACCAAUGCAGUUUUGUGAAAGACACUGGUGACUGCAGAUAUUCCACUGGAUUCCUGCAAUAUAACAGUUUUGUUUACUGUCAAUUUAGAGGCAAUUCAUCAUGGGGGUUGGUAGUUCUGCUUCUUCUAUUAAUUUAUCUUUUCGUUGCUCUUGGUAUCACUGCAGAAGAAUUCUUCUGUCCUUGCUUGAAAACAUUCUCCAAAGCUCUACAUAUGAGUGACAGUGUUGCAGGAGUUACACUUCUGGCCCUUGGUAAUGGAGCACCAGAUAUUUUUAGUGUGUUGGCUGCACUGACAUCAGAAGGACAAGACACUGCACCUCUUGCUUUUCAGGAGCUCUUUGGGGCAGGUAUCUUUGUGACUACAGUAGUUGCUGGAAGUAUCCAAUUGCGGAAUUCCUUCAAACUAGCAAGGAGACCAUUCAUUCGUGAUCUGGUCUUCUAUCUCAGUGCCAUCAGCUGGACAUUUGCAGUUAUGUAUCGAAAAAGCAUUCAAACAGCAGAAGCCAUUGGUUUCAUUGUUCUCUAUGUUAUUUACGUGACACUCGUUAUUGCGGGCCAAGCUGUCAAUAGAAGCAUGAGAGCGAGGCGGCCCUCCUCAAUAUCAAACGACCAUAUCAUUAAUCCAGGAAAUGAAAACAUAUACAAACCUACACGGUUCCGAAAAAGACGGGCUUGGAUCGAGGACCUUCACGCUAGCGCAGAUUUCACUGACUUUGAUCCUAACGACCGAGCACUCGUGAUUGGCUCGCAGCAUCACCGCUAUUUACCAUCAGCUGCCGACAAUGAUUCAGUGGCUGGAGAAAAUGAAAAUCAAUUUCAAGACACCGAUGACGAUGAUAUUCCAGAAGAGGGUGUUGUGGAAAGACUGACUGGGUUUGCUUAUAAGGAAUGGAAAGCAAAGGCACUAUUCUGGAAGUUUUUUGACAUCAUCAAGAUUCCGUUGGAGAUUGUUCUCAAUAUCACGAACCCUGUGAUAGAUAUUGACAUUAAAGGCUACAGAUGGAACAAAUAUUUGAUCAUGCUACAAUGCUUUAUAAGUCCAGUUGCCUGCGCCUUUAUUACCGAAGAGGCGUUUACGAAUGUUAUUAAAGGGAUCGUUGUAUGGCAAGUACUUUUGAUGAUUGGAGCAGUGUUAGCACUCCUGGUGAUGCUGACAACAACAGCCCUUAAACCGCCAAGGUUUCACUUCAUAUUUGCGAUGGCCGGAUUUAUUGUGUCCGUUAUUUGGAUUUAUGCAUUAGCACAAGAGAUCGUGAAUCUGCUGAAGACUCUAGGUAUUUCACUGGGCAUCAGCAAUGCUGUCUUGGGACUGACGCUUUUGGCAUGGGGCAAUAGUAUAGGAGAUUUUAUUUCUAAUAUGGCAAUGGCCAAGAAUGGAGCUCCACGUAUGGCGAUAGCAGCUUGUUAUGGUGGGCCACUGCUCAACAUGGUAUUAGGCGUUGGUAUAUCGUGCACAUUUUCAUCGCUGACUCAUCACGGACACGUAACGCUCAUUCAUGGCCACUUGCAGUACAUUCUGUCCGCAUCGUUUCUUGGUAUCAGUCUCAUAGCUGCGUUGGUCCUGAUGCCAAUUUUAAAAUUCAAUACCUCAAAAGUAGUUGGUGUAUCUCUCAUUGUUUUUUACUUUGUUUACCUAAGCGUUUCGCUUUUAAAUGCGUUUGGAAUUCUGUCAAAAUUGUAAUACAGGAUGGAAGUAUUUUCGAUUGAAAAUCCUCGAUGUUAAUGGUAUAAUCCUUUGAAUAUUUCAGUAAAGAAAGCUGGGGCAUUUUCUUAAGGUACUUUUUCAUUUAUAAUCUAAAAGGUUACGGCUUUAAAUCUUUAAAUCUGGUAGCUCCUUGAAGUUGAAGCUACCAUUUUGAAUUCUACAGCGUUGUAUUCUUUGAAAACAUUGCUAUAAUUUUUUAAUCUAGUAACACGUGCCGGUUUUUUAGCUUUUAAUCAUUGCAUUUCAAGCACCACCAAAUUGGACCUAUUUCAUAAAACAUUAAAGGGCAUGUGUCGUGAACAUGAUUGCCUAAUGCAAUACAAUUAUCUCUUCUGUUUAGUACAAAGGAGGGAAUCGAGGGUGAAUUUUUACGGCAGUAGAAAUUAAUUUAAAAAGAAAUGAAAAGUCAUGAAACAAUGGAAUUCCACUCUAAACGCUUUUAUUUCAUUAGCCAACUGCUAAUGCGACAUAUGCCCUUCAAGUAGUCGAUGCGUUUUCUUAUUCCAAAGAACCUGUAAAUUACAAAUUUAUAUUAGCAUUAGUCUGAAAUAAAAAAGACAGAGAUGCAACCGCUUCAGAACAUUAUCACACUGUAGAAUUUAUUGGAGCAUUUAGCAGCAGUUUCAUACCGCCAGUGCAGAGGAAGUGUAUUAUACCAACUGUAAUAUACCAUCUGUGCUAUAUCUAAAAGUUCAUAUUGUAUUUAAAUAAACUCUUUAAUUGAGUAUAAUUUUAAUUUUCUUACAAUGUCUACAACCUUUAUUUUGAGUUAGUUUAACUUUCAAUUCAAGAACACACCUUUCUUUUUUACGGACGUUUUCCACCAAAAUUGACAAUAUGCGUCAGGUUAAGGAAUCAUCUUGUUGAUCGUUUUGUUUGAAGAUAUACUCACCAACAGGCAUAAAAUAGGCAGUAGUAACUGUAAUUUUAGCCACUUUGUUUGUAUGCUGAAUGAAUUGAUAAUGAUUAAGAAGGUCAUGAUGAUUGGUGAUCGUGAUUGUUGUUGAUGGCUGAUGAUUGAUUAUAUUGACCCUGAUAACCGUGAUCGUGAUUUGUGAUCGUGAUUGGUGAUGGUGAUUGGUGAUUGUUGUUGAUGGCUGAUGAUUGAUGGUAUUGACCCUGAUAACCGUGAUCGUGGUCGUUGAUUGUGAUUGGUGAUGGUGAUCGUGAUUGUUGUUGAUGGCUGAUGAUUGAUGAUAUUGACCCUGAUAACCGUGAUUAAUCGCGCCAAUGAUCUUGACAGAGACUAAAGUUUCCAUUGCCGAAAUUAACCUAGUUUAGUCCUGCAGUCUAAUGUGUUCUCUACCCUUGAGCUUCUCAUUGAAUUGGUGGAAGCCUUUUUUAGCAGUAAUUCAAUAUUCUUGGUAACUGAGGUUAAUAGCUUUGAGAUGAGUGUAAAUAUGAUUUUAGCAAUUGUCCAGGGCUAGGUAAUGCCCGUUCGAUUUAAUUAAAAAAUCGUCUCAAUACGAAACAUGUUGAUAGUGCGAGCAAUGCUCUUGUAAAAAUCCCGAGCUUUUAGUCAAUUAUGUACUAUUUUGUUAAAGAACUAAUUGAACCCUAUAAUAUUAACAAUUGUAUAUGCGUGUGUGAUAAUUUUUUUUAAAACUCUGUAAAUUGCUUAACCCAUUAAAAUGAUUAACCAUACCGCUUAUUAUCUUCGCAACAUUUACUUUCACUGCAACUUGCUUGUUUUCUGCAUGUCAGUUUUUAUCAUUUUAACACCAGUGUUUAAGCGAAAAAGCUUUAUUUUGGGUAUGCUAAACGUUCAUGGCUGCAAGAGCGCUCCUAUACUGAAUUUGAAGAUGAUUUUGAAAAAUGAAAAAACAUAGGUUUUUCUUUAGAUUGCAAGCCAUAUUAUCAGAAAUUCGGGUUUUUAUAACACAAAAACCGCACUUUUCAAAGACGCCUGCCUCCCUUGAGGGCCAUUGCCUUCCUUGCUCUCUUUAAAUUUAGAAAUGUUUUUCAUUUUCCUAUAGUUCUGCACAUUUUUUGGCGCUUUACCACCUUAGCUACAAUUUACCUCUAUAGCGUUGAAACACAUUUUGCAAAUGAGAAAUUUGCUUAGGGUCACGCCAGGCAAUACACCCAAUCCUCUUUUAUUUAAUAUGCUUUGUAGAAUGCUGAUUUCAAUUUUUAAGUAGUUCGUUCAAUUUGCAGUUACAAACAACUGCAUUUCGACAAUUGGACUGUGUUAGGAAAGGAAUUUUUCGAUUUGCUGACGUAGCUUCCAUUUUAUCAGUGUAUUUCGAAUGCCCUUACCUUUGUGCAUGAAGCCGCAAACGCGUACGUCUGCGAUUCGAGAGAUAGAUGGUUCCAGCAAAUAGUGAUGUUUAUUGUAGUUAAUUGAAAUGAAUUCAAUUUUAGAGACCCUUAAAUCGAUAAAGCAAUCAAGUAUCCCGAUGCUUAAUAAGCUGUAGUUGAUAUAUUGCAGGAGAAGCAAAAAAUUCACUAUUUCGCUGUUUGCAACGAUUCUUUUCAAUUUAAGUAAACUACAUGACAAUACUACUACCACUUAGAGUAGGAAAACGAAGAAAUAUUCUACUUUGACAAAUGGUAAUGAUGAAUUUAAUAUUUCCCUUGUCUUAUUUUAUUGUAUACAAGAUCGAGAUUCUGCUUAGGGCCACUUCCGCAAAAUAACCGUAAUGAACAAUAAAACCACUUCCCUAAAAGUGAUAGCCAAUUCUUGCAUCAGUGUCUCAUAUCACUAGGGUGUCGAGGGGCAAUUCAUUCUUGCAAAUAGCGGACACGAUAUCCAGGGCUUAUCAGAUUAGAAAAUGGAUUUCCAUCAAAGAUGAGCGAGGUUUUCAUAGAGUGAUUUGCCCCUCGAUAUAUUAUAUUUUGGUUUUUUCCCCAUAUAUGGCUGCAGUUCCAUCUUUAAAAGCGUCUGUUUCGUUGAGAUGAUGGUAAUUCAAAAUACUUUCAGAACAAUGAUAUUUCAAAAAGUCGUUGCAACCUUUGACAGUACGAGCCUAUAGCCUUUUCUUAUUGACAUCGAGUUUUCAGAUUCAAUAAAAAGUGGACAAAUCUUUUCCUUUGAUCACUUGCAUUUUGAAAACCUAAGUACUGUCUGUUACUUAAAAUGCAUUUCCAUUCACAAAAUCAACCUAUGUCAAAAGUUGUGAUUGCACAAUCUAUUAAAAGGGCACAUGCAUUUGUAGUUAGUUCAAUUUUCAACGGUUAAGGCGAAAUUCAGUUUAAGAUGCAAUAUCAUCAAUAUCUUUCUUGUUAAAGAUGCAAUAUCAUUUGAAAUCAUUUGAUCUAUUUUUUGGCAUAUUUAUGUAUAACGAAGUUCGUUUUUAGAUCUAAGAGGGCAAGGGCACAGUUGAUCUUCUCAUGAAACUCUCUCUCCUUCUCCAUGUUUUUAGUUAUUCCUUGAUCAUACCUUGGGCCGUGCAUGAACAUGCCUUGGUGUCCAAAUGCUCUAAUUAUAUCAAACUUCUCAGAUCUAGGCAUCAUCAUGGGUUGACACAUUUUCCAUCCAUGCAUCCACUCGUUUCUCAUAUGGAAAGUCUUUUCUCGGGCAAUGUUUUCAAGAUUCUCAAAUAAAGACAUAUGAUGUGUUUGAAUAUUAGCCUCUUUCUUCACUAUAUCAUCUGGACUGUUGACAUUUUUUAUCCUGUUCACUUCAUUUAACUGCCUUCCAGCUCCUUUCAACCGCUUUGCAUUGCAAUUUGUGUUCAUCAGACUGAGCUUCUUUGACCUCCAGUCCCUGAUUUGUUUUUCAUUGAUUCCCAAGUACCUUGCAGUUGCUCUGUUGCCAUUUAUCUCUGCGUGUCUUACAGCAGCCAAUUUAAAUGUUAUGCUGUAGGAUAACCGGCAUUUUUUCUUGGGACUAGUUGCCGUACUCAUCGCUCCUCAACAGCACUGGCCUGCAAUUGCAACUGACAUAAUGCCCAGCUAGAUCUGUAAUGAUAAGCCGCGCAGUAAAGCGUGAUAGCAAAGAUUCUGUAAUGGUUUGGCGCUCACUGGCCAAUUACAAUUAAUGAGUUAUGACUGCUUAGGAACAAACAAGCACCCAUGUGUACAGAAGAUUUCAAAAAAGUAGAUUGCUUCCAAAAUAAAACUGACUUUGUGGCCAAGACAUUCUAUCCAUCAGAACUUGAUUAAUUGUUGAAGAAUCCAUAAGACCAUUUUUGCAAAUUUAUAAGGAAUUAGGAGCUACUUCACCGUUGUGAGUCAACACGUGAGAAGCUUAUAAGCAGGUGCAAGCAAGACUGUGAAGUUAUCAUGCCGUUCUUCUCUUCUGAUAUUUCUUAUAUAUAACUGCCCCAGUCUUGCGUUCCGUUUAUCAGUUUCCAAAUACUCAAAACUUCAUUCUAUUUUGAAUAAUUACACUAGUUUUGGAUAAAAUAACCUAGACGAAUCUGCCCAAUUCAUCAAGUCGUGUUUACUCAUUAAAUGCAUGCUCAGUGAUUUCCAGUAAUUGCCUGUGGGUGUUUAAGAAAUCUCGUCUGCAGGAAUCAUCCAAGGUCCGGGAUAGCACUGAAUAGCUACCUUCAACAGAUUAUGCAAAACCUCUCUAUAGCACUGAUAUAUCGAACAAAUAACAGUAAAUAGAUCCAUUGUUGGAAACUCUUUGAAUAGGCCACCAUUUCCGUAGAAAAUCGCGCAACAGUUGUAGCUAUAAGCUCACCAGAUAUAGAUACAAUUUGGCGUCAUGUUCUUAUCAAGAUAUCAUUUUGAUAAAGGUCGUUGUCGCCAGUUUUCAGUAUUCUGCUUUCUGGAGGCGAUAUAUUCACCAUGUUCUUUAGAUGCUUGGAUCCAUUGGCUAUACAAUUUUCCUCUGAUUUAAAGUAUUGAGUUGCAUGAAUCAACAAAUUAACAGUGAUAUUAUUCACUUUUUAACCGUUUAACUAGUCCAGGCGGAUGAGCUUAAAGCUGCAAGUAAAAAGCGAUAGCCUAACCUUUCAAACACUUCACAUUUUGCAAAGCGAAAUGAAAAGCAUAUACAAAAUUUUGGCAAUGCUCAUAUCGAUGUUUCUUUCUUUCGAAAAUAAAGACUUCUGAUUUGGAUUCUUCAAUUCGUCUUCAACCUUGAACCUUAUUUGUAUAGAGAAACUUCAUAGCGCCAGCUACCUUGGAGAAGACCAAAAAGCAGGGCUA